AUGGCUGUAACCGCUUUUCCUGCUGCUGGAGAAGCUCCAGAUCUCACACUGCUCAAUGUAGCCCGGCUUUUCACUCGUCUCGAGCACAAUCUCCUGUCUCCGGGUGCUGAACUCCCCACGCUGCGGCGCUCCGAGUUCCAACGCAUGCGGGUGACCAAGAAUGUUGAAUACGCCCGCACUCUCCUCUCGCAAUUAGAGCGCAGCCUCCCCCAACUCAAACAACCUGACCGCCGCGCCGAAGCCCAAACAGAGAUCGCGAGAGACCGCCAGCUUCUCAAACGGAUGGAAACCGUUCUCAGCGAGGAAGAGACUCGGGCGCCCCAGGACGAUACAGACACCGAGGAUAGCGAAUGGGCCGACGUGCUAUCCCAACCCAUUGCCCCCGAAAAGCCAGCCAGCCAGCCAGACAAAAGCAGCCCUCAUACCCCAAGUACAAACACAAGUACAACUAUCAGAACUCUACCCAACUCUACAUCUCCACCCUCGCCUCCAGACUCAACCCGCGCACCAGAAUCCUCCACUCUCCGCAAUCGCCGAACCCCGUCUUCACAUCCUUCAGCUCAGGAUUCCGCAAAAGCCACCGGCAACUCCCGCCUCGGCGCCUCAGAAGACGCCCUCAGUGCCCAGCGCCUCGAACAAGAAGACCUCACCACCUCCCUCCUGUCCCUGGCAAGCCAACUCAAAGCCUCCUCGCACAGCUUCCAAGCCACGCUCGACAACGAAAAGUCCGCGCUCGACCGUGCCGUCACAGGCAUGGACAAGACCUCGUCGACGAUGGAAGCAGCGGGGCAACGUAUGGGCAUGCUGCGGCGGAUGACGGAAGGCAAGGGCUGGUGGGGGCGGAUGAUGCUGUAUGCGUGGAUCUUCGGGCUGUGGCUCGUAGCAGUGCUGAUUGUGUUUUUGGGGCCUAAGUUGCGCUUUUAA